AUGCCACUUUCGUUAGAAGAAGUAGCCAAACACAACAAGAAGGACGAUUGCUGGGUGAUCAUCCACGGAAAAGCAUACGAUCUUUCCGGAUUCCUUGAUGAACAUCCCGGCGGACUGGCCAUUAUCAUGAAAUAUGCUGGGAAAGACGCCACGAAAGCAUUUGAUCCAAUCCACCCUGGUGACACGUUAGCCAAGUACUUGAGUCCUGAAUGUAACAAGGGAGACGUCGAAAAGAGGAAGAAGAAGGCGAAGAAGGCUAAGACUAAGACGACCAAGACCAAGAGCGUUGAAGAAGGGGUCCAAAAGGAAGAGCAACCCAAGCAACAACCAUCUCCAGCCCCAUCUGUUGAAGCUUCUGGUGACAAUGACGUGGUCGACGAAUUUGAUGUGGAGUAUGAUGAACAAGAGGGCAAAGCACCUAUUCAACCACUUGCGCCAGCGCCAGCCGGUGGUGUUGCUGAACAGUAUGUGGAGGUCAACGGUGACGAAGAGGACGGCGAUGAAGAAGAAGAUGAUGAUGACGACGACGACGAAGAACCACCUACCCCAGAAGAGCUCAAGCGUCGUGAAUAUGUCAAGAACAAACCAGACCUUUCCCAGAUCUACAACUUGUACGACUUUGAAUUUGUUGCUCGUCACACCAUGGAACCUGUUGGGUGGAGUUACUACUCGUCACUGGCUGACGGUGAGGCCACGUUCAGGUUGAACACCGCUAGCUACCAGCGUAUAUUUUUCAAGCCGAAAGUGAUGGUCGACGUAACAGAAGUGGACAUCUCCACCACCAUGUUGGGAACCAAAGUCUCGUUCCCGGUGUACAUCACGGCCACUGCGUUGGGGAAGCUUGGACAUCCGGAUGGUGAGAAAGUGUUGACGAGAAGUGCUGACAAACAAGACAUUAUCCAAAUGAUCCCGACCUUGGCAUCGUGCUCGUUUGACGAGAUUGUUGAUGCGGCCACCGACAAGCAAACACAAUGGUUCCAGCUUUAUGUGAAUGCCGACCGGGAAAUCACCAAGAAGAUCAUCCAGCAUGCGGAAAAGAGAGGAAUCAAGGGGUUGUUCAUCACCGUGGACGCGCCACAGUUGGGACGCAGAGAGAAGGACAUGAAGAGCAAGAGCAUCAACGACUUGAGCCAUGUUCAGGGAGACGACGAAUCGGCCGACAGGAGUCAGGGUGCCGCCAGGGCCAUCUCCUCGUUCAUCGACACCAGUUUGAGCUGGAAGGACUUGGAGUGGUUCAAGUCCGUGACCAAGAUGCCGAUCAUCUUGAAGGGUGUGCAACGUGUCGACGACGCGGUGUUGGCUGCAGAGCACGGGUGUCAAGGUGUGGUGUUGAGUAACCACGGUGGGCGACAAUUGGAAUACUCGCCUCCGCCAAUCGAGGUGCUAGCUGAGUUGAUGCCGGUCUUGAGAGAAAAGGGUUUGGCAGAUAACUUUGAGGUCUACGUCGACGGGGGUAUCAGACGUGCUACUGAUGUGUUGAAGGCGAUUUGUUUGGGAGCAAAAGGAGUUGGUAUUGGACGACCAUUCUUGUAUGCCAUGUCCACGUAUGGUGAUGCUGGUGUGACCAAGGCGAUUCAAUUGUUGAAAGAUGAGAUGAUUAUGGACAUGCGUUUACUUGGUGUUACCUCGUUGGACCAAUUGGACGAAUCGUUUGUUGAUACCAGGUACAUGCAAACUAGAUAUGUUCCAGAAGACAAGCUAUUCGAAAGAGUAUACGAGCCUAUCCCAUUGCCUAGAUUUAAAGACUCGAAGUUAUAG